AUGGGCGGCGCUGCAGUUACCCCUCCUUCUACCAACAAACCCCCUUCAGUUACUGUCACCACCAUUCAUGAGGAUGGCACUAUCAGCUACCCUGCUCCCCAAGUCAUUUCCUCCAACCUUACCCUCCAAGCACCGCUCUCACGGCGUGGGCGAGGACCAGGGCUAGUACUUGUCUUGGAUCAUUAUGCGCAGAUACAGCCGAAUGAAAAAUACUUGGAUCCUCCGCCGUUGAAGAAGUGGGCUGAGGAGGGAUUCGCCAUUGUCCAGCUUCUGGUGCCGGGCAAGGUUGAAGAUGGAGGUGAAUUCCCGCUGCAGAAGGCGCUGGAUGUAUUGAAAGGGUGCGAGGGAUGUGAAUUUGAGAAGGGGGUUGGAUUGAUCUCCUAUGUAUCCCGUACUCCAUAUUACGUCGAAGAAGCCGCCAGCCAAAGCCCAGACAUCAAAGCGCUCAUCUCCUACGGCGGAAGAAACUUCAUCACAUAUAGCCCCGCAAUGACCUCUCUCCCUCCACAGCUAAUCCACGCCGCGGGAGCAGAAGUUCCCCGCCGUCAGUCUGUUUCCACAGUGCCAGAUUCUGCGGCGCCCGCGCCCCAGGGCGUAGUUAAGACGUACCGAUACGAAGACGCAAAGCGCGACACGAACUGGGUGCUACCGAGUGACGAAAACUACCACGGGCGUAGCGCACAUAUUGCGCACUCGAGAAGCCUGGAGUUCUUGAAGCCCUUGCUCAAUGGACCGUAUUUUGAUCUCGAGGCCGUAUGGGAAGAGCACUUGCAUUAUGAAUUUGAUGGGAGAAGUGUACCAAAAACUAUGGCGACCAUGGUGGACCAACCAUACGUGAAUCAUAUUCCUACUUUGACUGGCGGCGUCGGCCAAAAAAAGCUGACAGCCUUCUACACCCACCACUUCAUCUUCUCAAACCCCCCAGACACCGUUCUAACCAUGGUCUCCCGCACCCUCGGCACCUCGCGCGUGAUUGAUGAAAUGAUAUAUUCCUUCACCCACACGUCCGAAGUCCCCUGGCUGCUACCAGGCAUCCCGCCCUCGGGUCUGAAAAUCGAAUUGCCAUUCACCUCCAUCGUUGAGAUGCGGGGAGACCGCCUGUGCCACGAGCAUAUCAGCUGGGACCAGGCUACUGCGCUGAAGCAGUUGGGGUUGCUGCCAGAGUGGGUGACGUGGCCAUAUCCGGUGGAGGGGGUUGAGGCAGGGAAGAAGGUCGAGAUUAAGUUGCCGGUGUAUGGGACGGAGACGGUUAGGAAGUUGAUUGAUGAGGGGUGUAUUGAGAGCAAUGAAUUGAUGGAGAAUAAAUGGAGGGUUGUUGGAUGA